AUGCGAUCCGGGAUCGACGUAUCCCGUCUCGGCGCGAGCGGAUCCGCCUUGUCCUUCGACGGUUCCUCAUGUUCCUGGUUCGAAGACAUCUCGCGCGGCGAUCGCGCCGCGUAUAUAAGUCAAAACCAGAUCGCAAGCAAGGUGCACAGCCCGGACAGUCCUUCAGCCAGCAAGGAGGUCGGCGGAGACACACCGAGCACGAUGCAGGCACUGAUUCCAGUUUUCGCGAUUCUCGGCGCGGCGGCGGCGGCGGCGGCGGCGGCGGCGGGCGCGCAGCUGACCCUGCUGCCCUACGCCUAUCUGGCGGAUCCGCUUCCGGUGUACCAUCAGUCGCAGGACACGCGCGCCGGGGUGCACGCGUACAGCUACGCCGGCGGCCCGUCCGCCAAGGAGGAAGUCCGGGGUCUCGACGGGGUCACGCGCGGCUCCUACAGCUACGUGGACGCGCACGGUAUCCUGCAAUCCGUCUUCUACGUCGCGGACGAGGGCGGCUUCCGCGUCGCCGCGACGAAUCUGCCUACGGACGGCAAUGUGCCGCUCCUCGAGGCCGGAGCUCCCGAGGUCCUGUUAGCCAAGCACGCCCACUCGCAGGAGCACGCGAGGGCCGUCGUCGUCGGGGUGGAGGAGGGACACGCUGCGGCGAGCCGCAGGAAGCGCAGCCUCGAGGCUGCACCGGCCGAUCGAGAUCGUCAUCAGAUAGAAAAUCCGAGCUCCCAGGGAGAUCAGGCCGAUCGGGACGCGGCGGCGGCGGCGAUCGCCUCGCCGAAGAGUUCCCACGAGCUUGCGGCGCAGGAGGAAAAAUCCAGCAAGGGUCGGGCCAAUCGCAGCGCCGCGGAGGCCAUCGUCGCGCCUGUAUACGGCCUGCAGCUAGACUCGGUUCUGAUCCCGAGACUGACCGGCGCGGCGACUUCUCAUCAGAGCCGCGUCGAUGUUCACAAUAACAUUCGUUUGAAGGCCGUUCAACCCGUCAAGACGAUCAGCGUCCUGUCGGAACCUGCCUAUGAGACGGUGAUCCUACCCAGUCAGAUACCUCUGGCGACCUCUCAUCAGAGUCGCGUCCAGGUGCACAACAGUCGUCGCGUCGUCGAGGUGCCGGAAAAGCUCGUCAACGCGGAAACGAUCGCGGUCCAGUCGCAGAUCCCGGAGGCGGCCGCCGUCAAGCUGGAGCCGCUUUCGAUCGUCUCCGCUCUUCCCGAUUACAACGAAAAUCGGAUCCAGUUUCACAGAAAUCUCGGAUUGGAAGGCCCGAAUCGUAAGGACGCCGUGAAGAUCGACGCGGCGCAGCUGGCGAUCGUUGAGACGCCGAUCGCCACCGCUGUACGCGCGGUUCCAGUCGUUUCCAAGGAGGCGGUUGUCGUCAAGGAGUCAGUUCCGGUCGUCGCCAAGGAGGCAGUUCCGGUCGUCGUCAAGGAGGCAGUGCCGGUCCUCGCCAAGGAGAUAGUUCCGGUCGUCGCCAAGCAGGCAGUACCGGUCGUCACUAAGGGGAUACUUCCGGCUGUCACUGCCGUUUCCAGCCAGAGCAGAAUCCAGAUCCAUCGCAAUAACAAACUCGAAGUAGCCGUGCCGUUCGCGAGCGAGCCGACCGUGUAUUUGGCGUCUUCCUUUGCUCAACCGUUCACCACCUGGCCGAUAUUGGCGCCCAUUGCUUAUUCUUCUCAAUAUCGUCAUCAAAUACACUCGAGCGAGAAGCUCGAAUAAGGCAAAAUAAGGAUUCGGUCGUUUCGCUCGCUAGCUGAUAUCGCAAGAAUUUUCUCUUCGCGCAUUCAUAUUUAUUCUCAUUAAUCAUUUUUCAAAAUUCAUUUUUACGUAUCAAGAUUAUGUUUGAUCGAUAUCUUAAUUGAUCCUGAUAGACAAUAUCAUUUUUUUUUAGUUUAGCUCUUUGCGACAUAGAUUAAAGUUUAUGAAUAUUUCAUAUAGAUAUCUAUUUAAAUCAAUCUUUAUAAUUUGUACACUAUAAUUUUCCCAUCUCUUAGCAAGAGCGGUUAAAAUUAAUGUCACAUAAUUAUAUGUCGUAAUGACAAAACUAAUUAUAAAAAAUAUUUAUGAAGCUUUAAAGCGUCAAAAUAAAAUGCGCGGAUAAGUCAUUUGCACAUCGUGUUCAAAUAAUUAGAAUAAAGCAGUAUCUUCAGCGAGAGUUUCAUGAAUUUAUGACAAGCUUGCUCGCGGUAGCUCGCUCGGUUGACAUCAUUAUUAUUCGUCCUCGCCUUGCAUUCAUUUAUUCCUGUAACGAUAACAUCUUACGAACUUGUAUUAAAUUAUUGUACGAUUAUACGAUCCUCGUACGAAUUCAUACAUUAAAAACACAUUGUCAAU